CACAUCCUCCUUCUUCUUCUUCCACCUUCUUUUCUUCAUAAAACCUUCAAUCCUUGCCCAAAUCAAGUGAGAUUUUGGUCUAAAUCGACUAAUUUUUCACAAGCUUCGUGAUUGUGAGGAGGAAUUCCAGAGAAAACGCGGUUUUGGGGUCGAAGUUUGAAACCCUAGGUUGAGAUAAUUUGGGGGUUUUGGGAUUUUUAGUUUCACAAGCAUCCUCUCAUCUUGAAACAAGGAAUGGCAAAGACAAAGGAAAAGCCGGGUUCAAGUUCAUCCUCGUCAAGAGGCAAAGGCAAGGAGAAGGAGCAGCCAUCGAAGAAGAGGCAAUAUCUUGGUAGGGUUAGUGAAAGCGAAAGCGAGGAAGAAGAAGAGAUGCAGUUAGACCCAAGAGAUAAACCGGUGUGGAAUUCGGGGUCAUUGGAUGACCAACCCGAAAUUUGGCAGCCAACUUUGUAUAACGAUUGCAUGAACAAGUUAAAGAAUAAAGCGGCCGCAUUCAUCUGUGAAAGAGAUGUUGAUGAGCCUCAGUUGGGCCAGUUCGGGGUGUAUGACAAGUUCCGUGCUUUGGGUUGGGAAGGAGCACUCAAGUGUUGGGAUAAGGAUAAGAGCAAUUUGUUUUUGACUGAGAUUCAGGAGUGGAUGGCAACGCUUAAAUGUCACAACUUCCACAGGCCAUCACAAAUGAAGUUGGUUGGGACGGUACAUGGGGUACCAGUUGAAAUGUCAUUCGAUACGUUGAAGAAGUUGGGAAAAUAUGAUAGCCUUCCAACUAGGGAGUACAUGAUUCCCACGCUUGAUGAUUUAUUGCUCAAACCUGAGAAGCACGUGACAUGGAACAGUAUGUUGGCUGAUUUGUUUUUGCCCGGUAGGUAUGGUGGCGUGUUAUACCGAAAAAAUCUGAAAAUAGAAGCCAAGCUCUUGCAUACGAUCUGUUUACUUAAUGUCAUCCCAAGGAGAGGGGAUAAAGAACAGGUGAGGUUUCCAGAGAUACCUGUUCUGUACUCAUUGAUGCACGGGUCCCCACGGUUUCCAAUCCGCUACCUGAUCAUGCACCAUUUGUGGAUAUGCCGGAACAAAUACGGGAGAGACAUUGUCCCGUACUGCCGCAUCAUAACGGGCUUAAUGAAACAGCAGAAGGCACUCACAUCUGAAGACCGCGGUUUAACGAAAAGGCACUUGCCUUUUACUUUGGAUAGGUUGGGAAACGUUUGGACGUACACUUCGUCUGAACGUUAUCACAAGCUGAAAUCGGAGGGUCAACGGUGGAGAGCGUUGAAAUUAGGUGCAAGGGAGUUGUUACCGGGAGAACCGGAUGAACCUGAAAGCGAUGAAGAGUUAAUUCCGAGUGGGGAUGAUGAUUACGCAGACGAGCCAACGGGUGGUGCAAAUGUUGGUUUUGGGGCUUUUCAUGGUGGUCAUGGUGGCACAUUUUACGACUAUGCGCAGCAACCAUAUGAGCCGGGGUGGGCUUAUAGUGGUUCAAUGCAGGAGGUGAUCGAGAGCCAACGCCCGCCGGCGGCCAUCUUUGAUACUUGGUCGGGUUCGGAGAGGUCGUUAUUUGAUCAAGGCACGCGGAAUAGCGCUAGUAUUGAGCGGGCGCUUAAACAUAGCUUCGACCGCAAUGAAUUAUGGCACCGGACCCACGCAUAUUCGCAGGAGGUGGAAAUGAAUAACCGAUAUCACGAUGAUCAGAUGAGGCGGAUGCAUGCGGAUUGGCAUGCCGGAAGGCCGGUGGCUGAGGAUCCACAACAUGUGGAUUAUGCCUCAUUGCCACCGUAUGAUGGCAGCGUUUCGUAUCCGACUCCACAACUCCACCAUUCUCAGUGGCUUGAUCCAAGAAGGCAAGAGGGAAUCAGUAGCGGAUCGUUCGGGUUUGGAGAAUGGAGCGAUAUGAUGUCGUCCAUUUUUGGGCCCCCAGGACCGCGUUAUUAUUGAUCAGGUGGUAUUCUCUCUCUUGUAUAGUUUGUAUAUAUUUGUUGGUUUAUGUUGAUUAUGGUGGGAGGAUGGGUGGUGAUUGAUCAUAUGAUUGAUUGUUGGGUUUGGUUGGUUGGUGGUGUUGUGUUUAAAAUGAAAAACAUAAAAAAAAAUUAUAAAAUGAAAAAAAAUACAAAAAAAGAAAUUUGGGGUUUGAGAUGAGAAGCUUCUUGUGGAUGUUGAUUGAAGUAGUGAUCAAAACCUCCCAGACCAUACAUUGGGGACAAUGUAUCCCAAGUGUGGGGAUGGGGGGAAUUUUUUGAAGAUUUUUGAAAAAAAAUUUUAAGCCGAGCAAAACAAUGAGAAAUCUUGUCGCCCCAAUUUAUCCCCAAGUCAAUACACCGGCAACCCUUAUUACCCUUUUCAUUCUUGGUAAGAGUUGUAGCCACACGUGUAUAUAAAUAAUCUUUGAUGAGAGUGGCUACGGGUGGGGGUGUGUUAGAACUUGUGCUUGAAUGCAAUUUGAAUCUUUGUUAG